AUCAUUAAUGCACAGUUUUUAUAUAUGAGUCCAUCAUGCAUGUUGUGUUUCAUGCCUUGGCCCCCCUUGUCGAAGCACUGGUAACUUGUGUAGUGUGUCACAGAGCAGAGGCUCAUGACUCGCAAACAUGUUUAAAAAAAAGUUGAUUUAGUCUAGAGUCACAUUACUGUUCCCUUCACCUCUUCCUCCUACGUCUUCCUCCUUCCUCCCUUCUUAUCAUCAUUUUGUUUUCCCCACCCCUCUCUAACUCUAUUCACCCAGCACGCUUUGAAGGGAGGAAAUCUGCACUUUUGCACAAGCAGCAGCAGCAGGCCGGGGGAUGAUUUGAAUCACUGUAUGGAGAGAGAGAGAGAGAGAGAGAGAAAGAGAAAGAGAGAGAGGGGAGUUUUACACCUCUGCACAGUUUCCUCUCUCAUCAGUUUUUUUGUUGUUGGCAUAUGAUCUGAUUUGUGCCGUUUGCUCUCCUGUCUGUCUGUAAGUCUUCAUCGGUACUGUGAUGGAUUUCAGGACUGUUGUCACCAUCUCAGCUCUUUUACUCAUGACUACUGAAGCAGACAAAGCAACACUUGGGCCAAACAUCAGAGAGACUUCCCUCCCUGCUCAGACCAUCAGCAACAUCAUCAACUGUUCUUGCCCCAGUGGUACUCCAGCAGCCACUGCUGCCCCCACCUCAAACCCCAGCAGCUCUGCACCUGUCAUGCACCUCCUCACAGUCAGGUGGACAGGUAAAUGUGAAGGAGGCCUGAUCCUCAAUCAUCACUCUGGCUCCUCCUUACCUGUCUGUCGAGAAAGUAAGACAGACUUCAUGAGUCUUUUAACGAAUUUGUGUGAGAACAAGAAAGGUUGUAAAGAUGAACUGCGCUUGGGCGGAGGCAGAGACAUACAGAGUGGUUAUUACAUCUCUGAGAGUGGAGCAGAGCAGAAGUUCAGCUGUGAGACACUGAGGGUCCAAUGCACAGUGCAUUUGUCCAUUGAGCCAGCUGAGGUCCUACCAGAUGUUCAGCGGCAGCUGCAGGCCUACAAAGUGGUGACAGCUUUGCUCUGCUGUGUGCUGCUGGUCCUUUUACUGAUCCGCUUCACCAGACCCACUGUCAAAGCCCUGCAGAAGAGACUGUCAGACAGGAGGCAGAAUCGCUGGAUCGGACCUACACAGAGCCACAGUGUAUCUUACCAUCGAGGGAAAACUGCAGUUAAAAACAAUGACAGAGAGAAGAGACUGUCCUACCCUGCUCUGGAGCGACUGGCGGUCAGUGACAGCAGAGAACCUUCAUCCAACAGGAACAGUGACUACAACCUCUAAUGUGCAUAUUCCACCAUCACCAUCGUCAUCAUCAUCAUCAUCAUCAUCAUCAAUAUUUAUCUUUGUAGAGGAACAUCCCCUUUAUUUGUUGAGGAAUUACUUGCCAUUCAUACUAGAAAUUCUAUUAUAACCAAGUCUUACUGUACCACUGUCAAUGUACAGUAUCUAAACUCAAGUUAGUAGUGUUUUUUUCUACGUGAAAGUGACAAAUGACACCAGAAGAAGUUAUAUCACCCUGACUAAACUUAUAUUAAGAUGUGAUAUUUUAAUGGAACCUUACAAUAUUUUGGGAAAGGAGCACUGGAGCUCCUUCUUAAAUAACAGCUGCUGUAUGCAGUGACUGCAGCAGCUUUCCAGGUGAGCUGCAAGAUGUAAAUCAGACAGCUUUGGAGUUGUUAGAAGGUUUAUUUUUCUCUUCUAGCCAGGCUAGCAGUUACAUAGCGAAACAUUCAUAAAAACUCUCUGAGGAUACUGAUUCAUUAACAUCUGAUUGACCGGUUUAAAAUAAUAAUAAUAUUAUUUUAUUGUUUCUUUUGUUGACUGUGAUUUGUGAUUAAUACUGUAAACUUUUUUAUUUUCAGUAAAAUGAUCUAAAUUGUG